AUGGGUCAAGGACAUGAUAAAUAUGAAUGUAAAAAUCCUCCCCCUGAUGAUAGUUUGGUAAGGUAUGGGCCUCAUCUGAGAGCUCAACAAAGUGUAUUGACAGAAAGGUACCAGUCAUCGGAGAAGAAUCAAGAAGAGGUCCUACCGGCGCGUGACGUACUCAACCACUCUAGGGCGUGGAGGGUGGUGAGGGUCGUAGACAACCAUGAGCAGACCUCGGACCAGGUAACGGCAGAAGAAUGUGAGCACUCAUCUGACACCAAUGAGGCGGUUAGGACAGGUGGAGUGAUUGCACUGAAGGAUGUGGGUGCAAAUCAGUAUGGAAAGCUCAAGGGGAGCCUUGCAAGCAAGAGGAAAAUACAAGGAAUUCAGAGCGAGAGGCUUUGGCUGAACAUUGGCCUAGGAAUAAAAAUUUGCAAGGUGCAGAGAAGAGAAGAUGGAUUCCAUGUAGUACGGGAAGCUGUUGAUAGUAUAAGAGGGCAGGAAGAAAGUGUAAGUAUUACUGUGCAAGAUGAAAAUGUAAGGGUGAUGCAGAAUGAUGUAGAGAUAAAAGGGGACAGGAAGGAAUAUGAGUCCCCAGCAGGAAGAAAAUCUGUGCACAAAUUCAGAGGAAUAAAGUCUACAAAGAGUGUGAGGAGCACAUGA